UCUCGUCUACGUCAUGACGUAGCUGGCGGGAGUUGAGACGUAAGCUUCCUUGUAUUCAGCCAGCGCGGGAGUUUCAGAAGCCGCGUCAGUGGGACACAGAGAGCUGCUGACGGUUCGCCAGAAUGCCGUGUGAGAGGAAGCCGAUGCGCUACGGGCACUCGGAGGGACAUACCGAGGUCUGCUUCGAUGACGCCGGGAGGUUUUUAGUGACCUGUGGAAACGAUGGAGACGUCCGGAUCUGGGAAAGUCUGGAUGACGAUGAUCCAAAGUUCAUCACCGUUGGGGAAAAGGCGUACUCCCUGGCUCUGAAGAAAGGAAAGCUGGUGACGGCCACUUCCAACAACACGGUGCAGAUCCACACCUUCCCUGAUGGAGAUCCAGACGGCAUCCUGACCAGGUUCACCACCAACGCCACCCACGUCACCUUCAACAGCUGUGGCUCCAGAGUCGCCGCAGGCUCCAGUGACUUCAUGGUGAAGGUGGUGGAGGUGGCAGACAGCAGCCAGCAGAAAACGCUACGAGGACACGAAGCUCCGGUCCUCAGUGUCACCUUUGACCCCAAAGAUGAGUUCUUGGCCUCUGCCAGCUGCGAUGGCUCCGUGGUGGUGUGGGACAUCGAGGAGCAGACUCGGGUGAUCAGCUGGCCCCUGCUGAAGAAGACGAACGACGUCAGCAACGCCACGUCCCUGUGCCGGUUAGCCUUCCAGCCCUCAUCGGGGAAGUUCCUAGCCGUUCCCGUAGAAACCAAGGUGCACCUGUACGAGCGAGGCUCCUGGGAGCACGCCGCCACGCUCUCCGAUGACCUCCUUACUCAGCCCAUCAACGUGGUGUCCUGGUCUCCCUGUGGCCGGUUCCUGGCAGCGGGGGCCGUGGGGGGGUCGCUGAUGGUGUGGGAUGUGAACAGCAAGCUUUGCGUGGAAAGGCAGAAGCACGAGAAAGGCUUCAGCGUCUGCAGCUUGGCCUGGCAUCCUUCUGGCAGGCAGGUGGCGUACACCGACACAGAGGGCUGCCUGGGCCUCCUGGACGGCUUGACCACCUCCAUCAGCGCCAUUGACCAGGCACCAACAAAGAAACCGGCCAAAGACUUUAAUGACCUGUUUGACGACGAUGAUGAUGACCAACUGAUGGAUGAAGGUCUGAGCGACAGCCACUCACCAGCUAGGAAACCAGCCACCAGGGAUGAAGAUGAUGACGACUUGGUGAUCCCCUCCACGGGCCGGGUGAAGAACAGAGGGGCGAUCCUGGAUGACGAGAACUCGCUUGACACAGCCUCUCUGAGAUUUGGUGAAGACAAACCUGGAGACGAGGAGGAUGCAGGCAGGGCGUUGGGUCCCGUCGCCCCGCCGCCGCUGCUGCCCUCACGCCCGGCCUACGAGGGGCCGCUGCCUUCCCCGCCGCAGAAAGCCUUCCAGCCGGGCUCCACGCCGGCUCACCUCACUCACCGCUUCAUGAUGUGGAACUCGGUGGGAAUCGUGCGUGGCUACAACGACGAGCAGGACAACGCCAUCGACGUGGAGUUUCACGACUCGGCGGUUCAUCACGCCAUGCACCUCACCAACUCUCUGGGUCACACCAUGGCGGACAUUUCCCAGGAGGCCGUGCUGCUGGCCUGUCCCAGCACAGAGGAGCUGGCCAGUAAGCUGCAGUGCCUCCACUUCUCAUCCUGGGACACCAACAAGGAGUGGAUGGUGGACAUGCCCAACGGGGAGGACGUGAAGGCGCUGUGUCUGGGUCAGGGCUGGGCGGCGGUCGCCACCAGCGCGCUGAUGGUCCGGCUGUUUUCCAUCGGAGGCGUCCAGAGGGAAGUCUUCAGCCUCCCGGGGCCGGUGGUCUGCAUGGCCGGACACGGCGAGCAGCUGCUCGUCGUCUACCAUCGAGCCACAGGCUUUGACGGAGAUCAGGCUCUGGGCGUUCAGCUGCUGCAGCUCAGUCGCAGGAGAAGACGGGUCCUCAGCGGCGAGCCCCUCCCUCUGUCACACAAGUCCUACCUGUCCUGGCUUGGAUUCACUGGCGAGGGAACGCCGUGCUUUGUGGACUCGGAGGGAGUGGUCCGCAUGCUGAACCGUGCGCUCGCCAACACCUGGACCCCCGUGUGCAACACCAGGGACACCUGCAAGAGCAAGUCGGACCACUACUGGGUGGUGGGGGUGCACGAGAACCCACAGCAGCUCAGGUGUAUUCCCUGCAAAGGCUCCAGGUAUCCGCCCACGCUGCCCAGGCCUGCCCUGGCCAUCCUGCCCUUCAAGCUGCCUCUGUGUCAGACCACCACAGAGAAGGGGCAGAUGGAGGAGCAGUUCUGGCGUUCGGCCCUCUUCCACAACCACUACUGUUUCCUGUCCACCAGCGGCUUCGAGGUGGACGAGGACGCGCAGACGCGGUCCGAGAAGGAGAAGCAGGAGCUGCUCAUGAAGAUGUUUGCUCUGUCCUGCAGGCUGGAGAGGGAGUUUCGCUGUGUGGAGCUGGCGGAGCUGAUGACCCAGAACGUGGUGCCUCUGGCUAUUCGCUACGCGUCCCGGUCCAGACGCAUGGCCCUCGCCCAGAGGCUCAGUGAGAUCGCCAUGGAAAAAACCAUCCAGAGUCAGGAGGAGGAGCCAGAAGAGGAGGACGAAGAUCUGCGCUAUUCCGGCAUCAGACGCUCCUCUGAGUUUGGUGAGGCGGAGCUCGCCGGAGGACGCCGUGCUUCCAGACUUCAGGAGGAAGAAGCAGAGUUCAGAGGUCAGAGGAGCGCACCGUCGGAGGAGGAAGAGGAGGAGACGCAAACGGGAACAAACGUAAAUCCGUUUGCCAAAGAGACCGGCUCACCUGUGACGCCGUCUGUGACAGCAGUUGGGAAAGCGGGUCGAGCCAAUCCUUUCAAGGUUUCUGGCGCGGGGAAGUCGUCUGCGUCGGCUCAGCCGCGAGCGACCAACAUCCUGGACAGCAUGACCUCCGGCAGGAAGUCGGCGCCGCUGAGCGGGCCCGCAGCGAAGGCCAGCAAAAGCCCCGUCCUGAAACCGCUGGCGCCCCGUCCGAAGACGAAGACUCAGUCCACCCUGCUGCAGAUGGCCACCUCCAAGACCAAGAAGGCCGAGGAGGACAAAGAGCCGCCCGCAGAUCUGCCAAAACAAGCCGAAGCUCCGCCUCCCGCUUCAGAGAACCAAAGGCCAAAGACGGGCUUUCAGCUGUGGCUGGAGGAGAACAGGAAGAGCAUCACUGCAGACGGUCCGGACCUGGACGAGACGGAGGUCAUCAGGGAGGCCAUGGGCCGCUUCAGGGCGCUGUCCGCAGAGGAGCGGCUGGCGUGGACGGACAGAGCCAAAGGACACGACGGAGACGCGGCGGACGGGAAGAAGAGGAAGAGGGCGGAGGAAGAGCGAAGCGCCGCCGCCGCCGAGGACACGGCCCACGACGCCAAAAAGAAGAAGCCGCUGGAGUCCGCCUCCAGGCUUUCUGCCUUUGCGUUUAACCAGAACUGAAGCCCAAAGGGUGUCGGUUCUCCUCCAGAACCUGGCAUCAACCUGUUGAUAAACGAACAAACGUCAAGCUUUUAGUUUUUAUUCCAGAAACGUUUUCAUAAAUAAAAGUCCAACCUGUCAGAGCUUCUCUCUGUGUCCUUGAGAUGCUGCCACUUUCAGCCCGGUUCUGAUCCGGUCCGUCAAGACAACAGCCUGAAUGGAGACGGCGCCUGCAGCCUUCACGUCUGACGAGAGGCACCAGAACCAGAACCAUCAACUGAAGGAAACCGUCAAACGGGUCAAACGGUCCGGUGACUUUAAUUCAUGGUUUAUGGGUUAAAUACUAUAAAGCAAA